ACGCCAAGCCCGACAAGCUCCGCGGCGAGAUGCUCGACCUCCAGCACGCCGCUGCCUUCCUCCCCCGCACCAAAAUCCACGCCUCCGUCGACUAUGCCGUCACCGUCGGAUCCGAUCUUUGCAUCGUCACCGCCGGGGCCCGCCAGAUUCCGGACGAGUCUAGGCUGAACCUGCUGCAGAGGAACGUGGCCCUUUUCAAGGGGAUCAUACCCCCUCUUGCGCGCUACUCCCCAGAUUCCAUUCUGAUGAUCGUUUCCAACCCCGUGGAUGUGCUUACUUACGUGGCAUGGAAGCUAUCCGGGUUCCCCUCCAAUCGGGUUAUCGGGUCGGGUACCAAUCUCGACUCGUCCAGGUUUCGGUUCCUCAUUGCCGAUCAUCUCGAUGCAAACGCUCAGGAUGUCCAGGCUUACAUAGUGGGGGAGCACGGUGACAGCUCGGUGGCGCUGUGGUCAAGCAUCAGUGUAGGCGGCGUGCCAAUACUGAGCUUCCUGGAGAAGCAACAAAUCGCGUACGAAAAGGAAACCUUAGAGAACAUUCACAAAGCAGUCAUCGAUAGUGCUUAUGAAGUGAUAAGCCUAAAGGGCUACACAUCGUGGGCCAUUGGGUACUCUGUGGCUAGCCUGGCUCGAGACCUGCUUCGAGACCAGCGGAAGAUCCACCCGGUCUCGGUCCUUGCAAGGGGGUUCCAUGGCAUUGAUGGUGGUGACGUGUUCUUGAGCUUGCCGGCCCAGCUCGGUCGGGGUGGGGUUUUGGGUGUCACCAAUGUGCAUCUGACGGAAGAGGAGGCGCAACGGCUGAGGAAAUCGGCUCAGACCAUCCUGGAGGUGCAGAACCAGUUGGAAAUAUGAGCUUAGGAUUUAACUAGUGCUUCAUACUAAAUGCACUUUGACAAUAUGAGCACUUGAGACGCUUUUAUUUUGUAUGGGCCAGUUGACCUGUAUGUUUCCUUUUACUUUUUGCUUUUGUUUAAUAUAUAAGAUUAUUAUGGCUA